CUGGAGGUGAGGGCGCAGAAAUAAAGUAGUUUACUUUAAAUCAUAAUUAGGGUAUUGAAUUUCUAAUGUAUACUGACCUUGCUCCUUUUGGAGCUAUCGACAAAUUUACACGUUAAUUAGUAGCAUGGAAAACCAACCGACGAAACCAAUUGCUGUGAAGAAAGUUACUGUUAAGGACUUAUCUCAAAUACCGUCUAACCAUGGUACAACUCCAGGUGGGACUUUAUUCAGUACUACUCCAGGUGGCACUCGUAUAAUAUAUGAACGGGAUUAUAUUCUUAAUUGUCGUAAUUCACCGAUUGCUCGAACUCCUCCUCCUGAUAUGACAUAUAUACCAGAAAUAACUUCUCCCACUUUAAAUAAAGAUAAACUUAUUCAUCCUUGUAAUGGUCAUACAGUGAAAGAUUCUCCAGUAAAUAUGCCUGAAUCAACAUCUGACGAUCAUAACAAGCCCAGUAAAGGUGAUGAAGCGCCAUUUGAAAUGGAUAUUUAAAUCACCAAAAAAACCCAAAUAAUAAACUUAUUAUUCUCAAUAAGAAUGAUAUCAAUCUUGUUACUGUGUAUUUCUGUUCAUAACACAUUUGUAAUACAGAUAUUCUCUAUUCUUCUUUUUCCCCCCGUAUAUGCCGCACUAUUAUUAUUACUAUUAUUAUCAUUGUACCGGUUUAAAUCAACCUGAAGACAAAUAUAUAAAUAUAUACAUAUUUCUGU